UAUCAACAUGCCGUGUCCAUGAUGGCAUCGUUUUCUCUUAUCAGAUCUCCGACUACAACUCAUACAAAGUCAAUGAUCGCACUCCCCUGUUGAUGCAUCGAAGGCCUGCAGUCUUGGAAAGAUACAAGGUUCGCAACUACAAUUGAACUCAAUUUGACUACAACGUUUUAAAACUGUAGCUGUACUGGACCCAGCUUGAUUAUAGCGAUAUAAGCGCUGAAGCUAUACUCAAGCUACUUGGACCCCGAUUGACUACAACGAUAUAUCAACACCACAACUAUACUUGUCCCAGCUUGACUACGACGCCAUUCAAACCACACUUAUCUAUUAAAGUUGUACCUAUACUGGAGCUAUCUUGACUACAACGACAUCAAAACCCGCAGCCAUGUCCCAAAUCCACCAAACAUCACCCUUCCUACGCCUUCCCCCCGAGAUCCGCCUCGCCAUCAUGGAGCACGUCUUCGAACCACCACCUCGAAACACCGGCUUCAUAACCCCUCACAGCAUCUCCGCCUGCCCACGCAGCAACCUCUCGCACCUAAUCCUCGACACCACCUACUUCCCCUCCACUUCCCUCGCCCUCCUCCUCACCUGCCACCAAUUCUCCCACGACUUCACCCGCCUCGCCUUCACCCACACCCCCUUCACCCUCACCAACCCCUUCACGCCCCUCGCGCCCCAAAUCACCAAAACCCUCCACCCGCACCAAAUCGCCAGCAUCCGGCAUCUCCGCCUCGUCGCCGGCGCCCACCAGUUCCGCGACAUGUGCACCUGGCGGCAACACGCCUUCAACCUGCCCACGCUGCACCUCGCAACCCUAGACAUCGUGUUCCACUCCUCCGGCUACUGGCACUACCCGGCCGAUUUCACCGCCGACGUCGUGCAGCUGCUCCGCCGGCUCGAAGGCGUCGACGCGCUGCGGUUCGUGCGCAACGGCGCGCUCGUGAAGGGCGGGUUCAAGACGUGGUGUAAUCGGGUGGUUGCGCUCGUGCUGAAGGAGGACCAUUGGAAUAGGUACGAUGCGCCUGGUGCGCCGGUGCUGGAGGCGACGUGGUGGACGUGGACGUUCUGGGAUAGGGAGCAGGUUUUUGAGUUGGUUGCAAUGGAGGGGGAGAGGGGGGCGAUGCCGGAGGAGGUGUAUAUGAAGGAGGUUGGGCCGUUGGUGGAGGCGUUGAUGAGGAGUGUGGAGAGUGAGGAGAGGGAGCCGGAUCCGAGGCCUAGGGGGAUGUGGGCGUGA